AUGAAAGUUCUUAAUUUACCAAGUUGUGUUCUUUCUCCUCUUCAUGGUUUUGAGGCUAAUAAUGUGGCAGAUUCUCUGAUUCAAGAUUCUUGCAAAAAAAUUUCAAUAUAUGAAGAAGAACCAUAUUACUACAAGUUAUGCAUCACAUCUCUCAAAGAAAAUCCAGAGAGUCAGAAAGUGAGAAACAUUGAUGAUUUGACCAUGGUAGGAUGGAAAAACGCUAUGACAAACAUGACAAAUGUGAAAGGAAUUGUUGAGAAGAUUCUCAAAGAGCGAAAGAAUAAGAGUAGGUUGAGUGAGAAGUUAUUACGCGAAUGCGUUAAGCUUUAUUCAAAAGGCAAUGACUCGUUAACUAAAGCAUUCAAGUACAUUAAAUUACGGGAUUACAAGAUCGCCCACAGAAAUUUUAGUGAUGCAAGAUAUGUUUCAAGAACUUGCGAAAUGCAAUUCAAUGGCGAUAAUAACCAGACAUCUCCUGUAACGAAAGAGAACGAUCUUCUCUUUGAAAUGGUCGACAUUCCUGAAUCUCUUAAUUUCUUACAUAUACGUCCACCCGACGUAUAG